AUGGCAUCCCAGAUCCCAGCGCUCCCCCAAUCCUAUUCUCCAAGCAAUGAUAGUGUCUUUUCUGACCAGUCUGGCUUCUACUCUCUGGAUUCAAAUGUCCCGGGUCUCUCUAAGGUGAUCUUAGACAAGCUCAACUUGAACAACUUUGAACAGUACAGGGCUGCCCUGGAGGGGAAAACCAAAGGAGUCGCCUUUCGUAACUACAAGGAGAUGUUCCAGAAGAUGGAGGAGACCUUCAAAUUCUGCACUGGCUGCAACAAACUUCCAGAACAUGUUGGCGAUGGGGGCACACUGAAGCGCUGUGUCAAAUGUCUAAAUGUGUACUACUGCUCCAAGGACUGUCAAGUAAAGAACUGGCCUCAGCAUAAAAAGUUCUGCAAGAUGUUGCGUCUGGUGGCCAUUGACAGACUGGUAGAGUGGCUGAUGUUCACUGGAGACCUUCCACUCCCUGCUGAGAAGUGGUCCAAUCCUGCUGCUGAACUGAAGACAUGGGAGGACUGGCUCGGCCUGCACGAGGACAACCUUAACCCUCGUCUGGCCACCAUCCUGACCUGCUCAAACAUGCAGGCCCUGUGGAAGAACGCCAGCAGGCCUAGGCCGGACGACAGUGACCUGCGUCAGUCCGUGUGGCGCAUUCAGAGCGAGUUCCUCUCCCGUGUCCUGACAGUGGGCUUGGCUGUGCGGCGCUAUCAACUGGACCCGCAUGCUAAACCGCUCACAAUCCACAUUGCGGGGGCGUCCCAUAAUGAGACAAUGGGGGGCAGGCUGACUGACUAUGAUGAGCUCAACAACAUGUUCCCAGGACAUCAGGGUAUUGAAGUGGUCAUGGUGGGACCGGAGGUGGUGGCGGGUCCCAUCAUGAGGCCCCCUCUCAGAGCCUUUGGGCCCAGGAAGAGGGUCUAUAUCAGUGCCUAUAAGGGCCUCUACCAUCAAUUCUGGGAGGAGGUGGUCGAGAAGGAGGAGGCAGCCAAACCUGACCUGGUGGUCGGAUUCCAUCCUGGUUUCCAUGCCAACCAAGGUCUAGUGGAGGGUUGGCUCCCCACUCUUCUGCUGCUCCGAGACUACAACAUCCCCACCUACUUCACAGUGUACAGCGACAUGGAGCUCAAGUACUCUCUGCAGAUCCUCUUAGAGUUGGAAAUGGACAUCAAGGAGAGCGGGGCCAAUCCGUUCACGUCGCAGAAGCCAGAGCAGGUGCAGGCCUGCCCCAACAAACCACCGGUGUACUGUAACUCUCACUACAUCGCCUUUCAGGGACUGAACCCACGGCAAGAGUUUGAGGAGAUCAACUAA